UCGUACUACGUAUAGUAUCGUAUAGGUACCUACAUGUUUGCUUCGAAAUAUCUCUCUCAUUUCUUUUUUUUUUCAUACUUAAUCGCCUGUUAAACCGCCAAACUCGAAGAAGUCGACUUGCCUUGUGUCAGCGAAAUAUUUCUAGAUAUUGGGAUCUAAAAGUGUAAAGAGACUGUUGUUUGUUUCUCUGGGGAGUGAAUAUUUAAAAGCAUGGAGACUAAGACUACACCGGUCGUCGCAGCAGCGGCAGGCAAAGCGUUAAAGGCGCCAAACCGCGUCGGUCGUGGUGUUCCUGAAAUUGUUGACGCAUACUUGAAGAAGUGCUCAUGCAGUAGACAAAAGAAAAUUGUAUUCUGUCGAGCUUGUGGCUUCUACUGCAACGGCCGUAUUCGCUUGAAGUGCGACCUGCACCCAAGGGUGACAUUUUUGCUGGACAUUGCAGAGUGCCCUCGCUGCCAUUCUCCUGCAUUUUUGGAUGAAUAUAAUGUGCCCAAUUUUGUUUAAAAUGUGUGUGGAAUUCUGAAUUUCAAUUUGAUUUGUUUUUGUUAUUAUUGAAGAUUUUUUAAAUUUUGUUGAGGCAAUGUCAGACAUUCCUAUUUUAAUGAGCAUUUAAUUUCCUAUUAAGUUGAUAUUCAUGUAGUUAGAAUAGUUUGGUGGUAAGGUGAUUUUUAUGAGAAUUUGUUUAAGAACUUUAAUGAAAACAAAAUAUUAUUUCGAAGGUCAUUGUCUCUAAGUUUUCUAUUCAUUUGUAAUUUUAAUAUGUAUAGGUAGUGUACCAUAAACUAUGUGUGUAAGCACCUACAUAUUGAAUCACUAUGUUUAAUAAGUACUAUUUUUGCAAUAACACAUUGAUGUAAUAGUAUGGAAUACAUGAAGAAAAGCUUUUAUGAUAAAAACUUUUGUUUCAUACUGAAAUUCUAUUCUAAGUACAUUAUUUGUUGAGCAAAAUUAAUGAAAGGUACAUUGUUCUAAAAUCCACCAGUGACUUGUUAUAAAAUGCAAAAGAUAUUGACUUCUUCCAGUUAUGUUUUAAGAAACAUGAAGGUUUUUAUGAAAAAACUUGUUUCAUGUCUUAUUAUCUUGUGAUAUUAAACUUUCUACCCUAAUAAUAUUUGAAGUCUGUGCCAAUUCAUGUCACAAAAUUAAUAUGAUAAAAGUAAUUAAAUGUUUUAUUUUUAUCUUUACUACUUUCUACGAAAAUAAAGCUUGAUAGCAAACUGAUAAA